AUGCGGGAGCUGGGCUCUCGCUCCCGCUCCGCCAUGUCCUCGCCAGCAAAAGCCGCUGCUGCCUCCUCUUGCCUCUCCUCCCAGUGCUUCGACCUCCUGACCAGGUCCUGCGUCAAGUGCUCUGACUUGUUCAAGGAAAACACAACAGAGCCCGCCCACAUGGAGCCUACCUCCGCCUUAGCGCCCGCCGUCCCCUCAGCAGACCUGCCCAGCACCCUCCUCAUCUUCGGGGUCCCAGUGGUGGUGGGGCUCGUCCUGGCUCUGGCCGCUCUCUGGGCCCUCCUGGCCUGCAGCAAGGCGGGGAAGCAGAGGAGGAAGAGGAAGGCGGUGGACAAGGAGGCCGAAGCAAACAUGGAUGCUACCAGCCCCCUGCCCAGCCCGGGCUGCCGGGACCUUGUGCUGCUGGAGGGAGAUGCCGCCCUGGCCCCAGCCCCAUGCCUGCAUCUCAACGGAGGCCUGAAUAUGCCGGGACCGCCUGGGAAAGACAGGGCAAAGCGGAGGCCGUGCUGCCGGGGUGAUGCUGACGGCGACAUCGUCCUACUUUCCACCGUGUACCCCCGGCACAAGGAGUGCAACCAUGGCUUCCCACUGCCUGCCACCGAGCUGGGGGCCACAGCCCUGGUCACCACCAAAACCACUCAGAACUGUGCCAGUGAGGAGAGAGCCUGA